AUGGAUGCAUCUGACUCGCAGGCACACGUGAGCAGCAUGAAUGGCAAUUGUGUGAUUGUCACUACUCUGUUGUCCUCCGCUCCUGUAGUACGAACCCCGUUGAAUGCUUCCUAUUCCCACAGUGCAGCAUCUCAGUGGGAAACUGUCUUCGGUCACCGAUGUCCACCAGCCCUUUCAAUGGCGUCCCACAUGAACGUCUCGGUGCAGUCGGAUAACAGUGCCACUGGAACCGGCAGAGCGCCUGUUGUUUACUCCCCUCGGUACCAGGCAUCACACGACGAGGGACUCACCAAUCAGUGGCAGGAUGAGACUGUCAAGAAGAUGCCGAAUGAGGCUGUGUCUACGGGUCUGCAGGUAUUGGUACCAGUGAAUCCGAACAUUGGGCUCACAAAGUUUUCCGUGAAGCAGGGGGCCCACCUGGGCCCUCUUAUCGUGGUGAAGCGUUCGCGAGGAAGAGGGGCUGUGGAAUGCACCGCCCCGUUGAGCGAAGUCGAGAAAUUGUCUUACCACCGCGAAGUAGAUAAUCUGCGCCGGCAGCUGGAGCGAGCUGAGGGAAUGCUGACAGAAUGUAAACAGCGCACUGAACAAGAGCUUCUGGAUAACAUGCGACCACUGGAGGAAAGCAGACGCGAGGAUGAGAGACGUCACCGACAGCAGUUUCAAGAAGCUUUGAGCAGCCUGCGGAUAGAGAAUGACGAGCUGACGUGUCGUUUAAAAUAUAUGGAGGAACAGGCGACGCUUGCGGCCGCCCAGGAGCGCGAUAAAUUUCAAAACGAAUGGAGUGAUCGUCUCGCGGAAACUGAAAGAAAAUGGAGAGAACGGCUUCGCACUGCACAGCAGCGCUGGGAAGAGAGUGUCGACGAACAUGUGCGGGAGAAGCACGAGGCCUUGCGGCAGGUCCAGGAACUCGCCCACACUGUGGAGGAACUCAAGGUGACCCUUCUGCAGGAAGCGCGAGAGAGAAAAUGGAUGGAGCAGGAACGCGAUACUCUGUUGGCGCAUCAUCCCCGUAUCGCCCAUGACACUCUCCAUGAGCAUGGGGAAGGAGAGUGCAGUGAGAGAAGGGUUGACCUCGAUGCAGAAGUGCUUGUGCUGCGCAACGCCUUGAAAGACGCUGAGGGGCGUGAAGGGGCCUUGAUGGCGCAGUUGGAGGCGUGCGGCAACGAGUUUGCUGCGCAAGGAGUUAGAUUAGAACGAGAGCUACAAAAAACUCGUCAGGAGCUGGAGAGUGAGCGCCAUCGCGGGGCAGAUCUGGUGAAGCUGUACGGUAGCCAAGUAGAAUCCUUACAUCAGCAACUCAGUGAUGCGAUGAGACGAAACAGGCAACUGACGAAGGAGUUAACGAGGUUUCAAUGA